GAAGAAGAAACGGCUUUUGACACCUCCUCUCCUUUUUCUCUCACCGCUUUCCCCCUCUAUUCUCUUGCACGCUCUCCGUGAUGACGGCGAUCUCCUGGACCACGGCAUCCUGGAGCUUCGCCCUAGGUGGUCACACCUCGAUGCCGCCAGCGCCGAUGAUGCCCCGCUCCCUUGCUCUGGUUCGGGACCCUGCCACUCGGUCCGCCCCCCGUCCUGUGGCUCGCCCGCGCGCCUUCGGGGUAGAGGACAGAGAGGGAUUGAGUUCAGGAGAGAGGGAGCUUGAGGACGAGAUCAAUGAGGACGGUGUCGUAAGGACGUUGCUGAUUGACAACUACGAUAGUUACACGUAUAAUAUAUACCAGGAAUUGUCUGUCGUUAAUGGCGUUCCUCCUGUGGUGGUUCUCAAUGAUGAGUGGACAUGGGAAUGCAUGUAUCAUUGGUUGUACAAAGAAAUGGCUUUUGACAAUAUUGUCAUUUCACCUGGACCUGGAACACCAAAAUGUCCUGCAGAUAUAGGAGUCUGCCAUCAAAUAUUUAUUGAGUGCAAGGAUAUUCCAGUUUUGGGUGUUUGCCUUGGUCAUCAGGCUUUGGGAUUUGUUCAUGGAGCUCAAAUUAUCCAUGCCCCUGAGCCCAUUCAUGGACGUCUCAGUGAAAUUGAGCACACAGGUUGUGACCUCUUCAAAGGUAUUCCAACAGGAACAAAAUCUGGUUUCAAAGUAGUACGAUACCAUUCACUUGUCAUAGAUUCCAAUUCACUUCCAGAGGAGCUUAUUCCAAUAGCAUGGACCACUUCGGGUCAUCAAAUUUCUUUACUGGAAACACAAAAGCUUGGUGUUACUCCUGAUGGUUUUGCGGAUAAGCUAAGCAUAGCAAUUGGUGACAUAUCCUCUGUUCGUACUUAUAAUGACUUAGGCAUUAGAAAAAUCUUGAUGGGCAUUCACCAUUCCACCAGGCCUCAUUAUGGUGUGCAAUUCCAUCCCGAAAGCAUUGCAACUCGUUACGGGAGGCAAAUAUUUAGGAACUUCAAAAAGAUGACUAUCAACCAUGGUCUGAGGAGGCCUCUGCUUCAUGAAAGAAAGGUGGCUCAUGUAUGUCAAUCUUUAGAAAAAUUUCCCAGGGCCGAGUUAUUGCAGAAAGCAACCAUCAAACAAUUUGUCAAGAGCUAUGGAACUUCAAUGGUGUUACCUACGCGUAUUGAUGCUAAGUAUUUAAGACUGCAAUGGAAGAAGUUUGAUUCAUUAUUAGGUGAGGUGGGAGGUUCAGAAAAUAUUUUCCGUAAGCUUUUUGGAGAUCAGAACCUUGACAACACAUUUUGGUUGGAUAGCUCCUCUACGGAUAAGGGUAGGGCACACUUUUCAUUCAUGGGCGGAAAAGGUGGUUCCUUAUGGAAGCAAUUAACUUUUUUUCUUUGUGAUAAUACCAGAGUUUGUCAAGUUGGACAUGAGAAGAGUAAAACAACAGAAAAAUUUGGAGGGUACUUAACAAUUGAGGAUAGUAAUGGAUCCUUCAAGACAGAUUUUAUUGAAGAUGGUCUAUUCAAUUUCUUGGACAAGGAACUUCAAUCAUUUAUCUAUGACAAAAGAGAUUAUCAAGACUUGCCAUUUGACUUUUGUUGUGGGUACAUUGGAUACCUGGGGUAUGAUCUCAAAGUGGAAUGUGGUGCACCUUUUAAUAGGCAUAAAUCAAGGACCCCAGAUGCUUGCUUCUUCUUUGCUGAUAAGCUUGUUGCCGUAGAUCAUAGGAAUGGGGAUGUAUAUCUCCUUUCCUUGCAUAAAAAUCUUAAUUUUGGUACUUUGAAGGACCAAGACAGAACUUCAAAAGAAGAAUCAUGGUUAAUUGAUACCGAGAAGAAACUCCUGAGUUUAAGAUCACCAUCUAUCAAGUUGAACAAGCAAAAAUCAUGUGCUGCACCAAACGAGGGAAGCUUUGUAAUUGAGAAAUCAAAAAGUCAGUAUAUCAAGGAUGUCAAGAAGUGUCAGCAGUUGAUCAAAGAUGGAGAGAGUUAUGAAUUGUGCCUAACAACACAGAUGAGGAGAAGGGUUGAUAACAUAAAUUCCCUGGCUUUAUACCUAAAACUUCGAAAUCAAAAUCCAGCUCCCUAUGCUGCUUGGCUGAAUUUUGCAAAGGAAGACCUAUGCAUAUGUUGCUCCUCACCCGAAAGAUUUCUUCGAUUGGACGGUGAUGGUAUACUUGAGGCAAAACCCAUCAAGGGUACAGUAGCCCGUGGUAGAACACAGAAUGAAGAUGACCAUCUUAGACUGCAGCUGCAAUACAGUGAAAAGGACCAGGCUGAGAAUUUGAUGAUAGUAGAUCUCCUAAGGAACGACCUUGGACGGGUGUGUAAACCAGGCACUGUUCAUGUUCCUCGACUGAUGGAAGUGGAAUCAUAUGCAACUGUUCAUACCUUGGUCAGCACCAUACAGGGGAAGAGGAAACCUGAUGCAAGCCCCAUUGACUGCGUUAGAGCUGCAUUUCCUGGUGGCUCAAUGACUGGAGCCCCGAAGAUGAGAUCAAUGGUGCUUCUUGAUUCACUGGAGAGUUGCUCAAGAGGCAUUUACUCCGGAUCCAUUGGGUUCUUCUCAUACAAUCAAACAUUUGAUCUGAAUAUCGUGAUAAGAACUGUUGUGCUGCACAAGGGGGAGGCAUCAGUUGGAGCUGGGGGUGCAAUUACAGCAUUAUCGGAGCCAGAAGAAGAAUACGCUGAGAUGAUGCUGAAAGCCAAAGCCCCGACAGGUGUUGUAGAAGAAUGCAGCAAAACCUGUGGCACCUCAUUAAAAAUGGUCACCUAAACUAAGAUCCGCCAGCAUUUCUUACGAUCAAUGGUGCUUAAUAAUGUCCCAAUAAAAUUUGAUCAGCUUGCUUUAUUCCUAUGUUUGUGCUCGACUUUUGGAUUUUAUCAGAUUCGGUCAUCAAGAAACAAAUGAUUUUAGAAUGAUUUGUUGUACCACGCUUACAGCAUUGAAGCUAUACUUCAGAUUAUCAUAAGAGGUUAUGUUCUCACUUUUGUUUUGCUUGAAGCUUGUUUCUGAGAGAAGAUUAAAGUUCUGUAAAAUGGGAUUUUUUUUAAACUCCCUAUUUUGCUACUAUAAUUUUGUGAACCCUGCAAUUUAAGUUCCAUGCUCAGGCACUGCUUAAUUCAAAAUAUAUCUUCUUUAUUA